AUGGAUCAAAAGGAAGACGAUUAAUUCAUGCAAUUGCCUAGACUCAAGAGUGAUGACCUCUAAUUGUAGUUUCAAGACACCCACAACAUAAGUGAUGACCAGCAAUCCCAAUUGGUUCAAUCUACGAUCCAAUUUACUCAGAAACCCCGGGUUAUUCAGAGUGUGAUCACUGGCUAAUAUCAAGCCCAAGAUGAUGAUUCCUUUGAUUAUGCGCAAUUUAUGACCAAAUCCUAUACGCAGUAAUCAGACUAAAAAUAAUAACAACUCGAGGAUUAUCUCCUCUUAUAGAAAAUUGCUAAUUCUACUUUCGAACAAAACCCACAACCAUAUGAGGAUGAAUUUGUAAAGCAAAUUAGUGGAGCAUUGGUUCAAUUUUGUAUUUCCUCUCCUGCAACCAGGAAAUUGUUUGCAAAUCAAGAGAAAGUCAAAUCCAGAAAUACACUAGCUUUGAAUGCAAACAAGAUCUGGUUGGAAAAUCAAUCAGAGUGCUUUCAUUGCAUGUUUGACACAAAAACAUUGAGAAUCCUAAUUUAAUGCGAAUCUACUAAAAUCCCCAGAGUUGAAUUAUUGAGUUAAUUUCAUUGCAACGAUUUGAGUGAGUUUGUUCGCAUCUUCUGUAAAUUGCCAGAAGUAAGGGAUGCCAUGUUGAGUUCGUAUAGUUUAAAGGAGACUUCCUAGCCAGACAAAUACGGCAUCAACUCUGGAUAUUCGGAAGUAGUCACUGCAUUGACUGAUUACAUGAAAUCAAUCGAAAUCAAUGGUCUCCCCAGUAAUGCACUAAUCGACGACAUUGUGGAGAGAUAUCUCACCAGAUUAAUCUAUGAAAAACUAUAUCCCAAAGAACCAACUGCCAGAGACAUCGAAUUGAAUAUACGGUUCAAAACUCUGGAAUGGAUUACUGACGAACAUCUGAGUAUCAAAAUCAAAUCCAAAAUCGAUCAACAAUUUGAAUGUGCUGCUUAAAGUAAUAUGUGCCAUCUUAAAUUUAGUGAUCAAUCAAAUUGACACGAAGAAGAACUCAGUUGAUAAAUUGGAUUGCAUCUUAAAGGCCACUCAACUCAUUACCGAUACCAUCUCCUAGGUCAAUUAAGAGGCAGCCUCGGCAGAUGCUGUGUUCCCAGCCUUCAUCAGAGUGCUGAUCCUGGCCUAAUCAACCAGAUUAUAAAGCAAUAUCAAGUAAUUUAUAAUGAGAUUCAGUUUCAUAGAACUAUUCAUCAAUAAAUCGAGGAUGAUGAGUCAUGCCGGGUAUUGUUUCACUCAAUUAAAGUCAGCCAUCGUGUGGAUUGAAAAUGUAAAUUAUGAACAAUUGAAAAUGGAUCCAAAUCAAUUCAACAGACUGCAACAAGAAAAAAACGUGAAGUAUGGAAUGUGCAAACGAAGAGAUAGAAAGAAAAGAAUUCUUUUAUUUUGA